AUGACGAGAGUUACGAGGAAUUGGAGAGAUGAAUCUGAGGACGAUUUAGGCAGUUCCAAUACUCAAGAAAUUAAAGAUGAGAAUGGAAUUGUGCACACGACUUCGAGAAGUCUGCGAAAAGUAAAUUACGCGGAGGAUUCGAACAGUGAUGAAAAUAAGGAAGAUGAAGCAUACGGGCAGGGCAACUACGCCGGUGCCCAAGCAGUUGAUGAUGAUGGUGACGAAGACGAAGAUGUGAGCGCUUUUAGGCGACAUUCCAACAGGACGAGACAAAAUGCGACCUUUUACUCCGAAAACGAGGACCAUGAUCCUCACACCGUAGAUUGGGCCACUGCAAAUGCCACCGUUGUGAACCAAGAGCCAGCGCAGCAGGAGGAAAACUUUGAAACUGAUCAAUACGAAACCAGCCAAGGGUCUCACGCGCGUGCGAACAACAAGUCCCUAAACCAAGACGAAGACGAAAGCUUUCACGAAGACGACGUACAGGACCUCGAUGAUGACAUGCCAGAAUCCGAGGACGAAUAUCUCUCUGACGACUCUGUAAGAAGACAUCAAAGACGUGCGGACCAGAAUUUCAUUGUAAACGACGAAGGAGAUCAAGACACAGAUGAAGACGACAAGCCGCUUUUACAUCGAAAUUUUAGAAACUCUACGCUAAGAGCAAGAAGAAGUCGUCCAAGGGACCGCUCGCCACCCAGAAAAUUGAGAAGGAGAACUAGGUCCACAUAUCACAGUGAUGAAGAGGGCUACGGAAAUGAACCCCUUUCUUUGGCAGAUGAACUAAAGGAACUACGAGACGACAGCCCCAUUCGUGAGAAGCGUUCCUUGCGAGAACGUACAAAGCCGGUUAAUUACACAUUACCACCUCCCCUGCCCGAUCAUAGUGCGAGCGGAGCCUUUGGAGCUGGAGAAUCCACAUCUUUCGAAAAACAGUCGCCUCGAGGUAGGCGCGGUUUGCAUGUGGGCCAAAGCUUUGGACCCAUUAGGAGACUUUUCCCAACCGGUGGUCCUUUUGGAGGUAAUGAUGUCACAGCUAUAUUCGGAACUAACACCAAUUUUUACGGCGCUAACGUUACUUCGAAGAACAGUAAGCUCUUGAUAGACUCCGACUCCUCAGAAGAUGAGAUAUUACCUAUUGGUAAAAGUUCAACUGAAAAAAAGCCUGGCUCAGGUACUGAAAAGAAAAAGAAGCCAGAAAUUGCAGACUUGGAUCCCCUUGGUGUCGAUAUGAACAUCAAGUUUGAAGAUGUCGGAGGACUUGAUAACUAUAUUGACCAACUGAAGGAAAUGGUAGCUUUACCAUUACUUUAUCCUGAGCUUUACCAGAACUUCGGUAUUACUCCUCCUCGCGGUGUUCUAUUUCAUGGUCCACCAGGUACGGGUAAGACUUUAAUGGCGAGGGCACUUGCUGCUAGCUGCUCGAGCGACGGUCAGAAAAUCACGUUUUUUAUGCGGAAGGGUGCUGAUAUUUUAUCCAAAUGGGUAGGUGAGGCAGAAAGACAGCUGAGACUCCUUUUCGAUGAAGCAAAAAAGAACCAACCCUCCAUCAUUUUUUUCGAUGAAAUUGACGGUUUGGCUCCAGUGCGAAGCUCCAAGCAGGAGCAGAUUCAUGCCAGUAUUGUAUCAACGAUGCUGGCACUUAUGGAUGGUAUGGAUAAUAGAGGGCAAGUCAUAGUUAUUGGUGCCACUAAUAGACCAGAUGCUGUUGAUCCAGCUUUAAGAAGACCUGGAAGAUUUGAUAGGGAGUUUUAUUUCCCUCUUCCGGAUUUAGAAGCACGUUCAAAGAUUCUUGAAAUCCAUACGAAGAAAUGGGAACCACCGUUAUCAAAAAUUCUUCUUGAAAAAUUAGCAUCCAUGACAAAAGGUUAUGGUGGUGCAGACCUGAGAGCACUUUGCACCGAAGCUGCGCUUAUCAGCAUACAGCGCCGAUUUCCGCAGAUUUACCAAAGCAAUGAAAAAUUGGCGAUUAACCCGUCUGACGUCAAGGUAAAAGCGCGCGACUUCAUGUUGGCUUUGGAUAAAAUAACUCCUUCUUCAGCGAGGUCGACAAGUUCUCUAGCUCGGCCGUUACCGGAGGGCAUAUCAAUUCUUCUUAAUGAGCAGCUUGAAGAAAUUAAAGAUUAUUUGAAGAAAAUCAUGCCGUCUGACUCUACAAAGCUUAAACAGGGACAAUCGAUUAUAAAGCACUUUUUGAAUUACUGCGAUGACUCGGACGAGGAUGAUUCUGCAGAACUUGCCAAAACCGAGUUUAUAAAAGCACAAGAAAAAGCACGAACGUACAGGCCAAGGCUGCUUGUUGGAGGGGCAAGUGGCAGUGGUCAGCAAUACAUUGGGCCCGCUAUCCUUCACCAUCUAGAGCAUUUCAAUGUUCAAAAACUUGACCUUGGCAAUUUGAUGUCUGACAGUACAAGAACAGUUGAAUCGGCCAUAACUCAGAUCUUUAUUGAAGCUAGGAGACGACAGCCCUCAAUUCUGUACAUACCUGAUACCGAGUUAUGGUUGCGCUGUCUCCCAGAAGGUGCUAUUUUGACUUUUGCAAGCCUUUGUCGGUCACUUAAAAGCAGUGAGCAAGUUCUUGUGCUUGCCAUAGCAAAUGGACUGGAUAAAAAUGAUAUUGCUGAAAGUUCGAUCUCAGAAAUUGGCUUCAACUCCUCUUUUAUGAGAAUCAGAGAACCUGCUUCGCAUCAAAGAAGGGCCUUCUUCCAAAAUAUAGCCAAAGUUUUGAGUAUGCCACCAGUAAAUUUUCAAAGUUCUAGAAAGCGGAAAAAUCCACUGCCAGUGCUUCCUAAAGCUCCACCAAGUCUGAAAGGCUGCGGUCUUGAUCAAGAAGGCAAGCCUUUAUCUGCUGAAGCUAAGCUUUCAAUGGAGCUUAAAUCGUUUCAAACUCAAGACAUGAAAACUAAGAAUGCUCUGAAAAUCAAACUUUCAGGAUUGAUGGAUCUCUUCAAAAAUCGAUACAAAAGAUUUCGGAAACCCCCGAUAGAAGAUGCUCUCCUCAUACAUCUUUUCGAACAAAAUGCCAGUCCAGAGAACAACAUUGAAGUUCAACCAGCCUAUGUGAAAGAUGGCGAGAUGAUUUUAGAAGUUGCAACAGGACGUAAGUUUUACAACAUGGAUCUCGAUAUCGUUGAAGAAAGGCUAUGGAAUGGCUUUUACUCGGAACCGAAACAGUAUUUGAAGGACAUCGAACUCAUAUACCAUGAUGCACAUACAAGCGGAGAUCGUGAGAGAAUUAUCAAAGCAUCUGAAAUGUUUGCCAAUGCUCAGAUGGGAAUCGAAGAAUUAUCACAGCCUGAUUUCAUUAAAGAAUGUAAAGCUGUGCGGCAAAGAGAGCUAUUGAGACAAAAGCUUUUCCUAGAGCAACAAAGCAAGGAAGCAGCUGCGGAUACCGGUGACAGGAAUCCGGUAGACAGCGCUAUUGGUGAGCCGGAAAUUGUGGCUGAACAAGGUCCGCAAGAAGAAGUUGGAGUCGGUGCCGGAAAUCAACUACAAGCACAACUUCAAAGUGAUGCUUAUCCGACAGAGACAAUUGGGAGUGAUGCAGUGCUUAAUAGCAAUGAUGGAAAUGAAAGUGCGCCUGGAGAAGCUCAUGUUAAGGCACAGGAUGAUUCUAUGAUGAAAAGCGUCGGCGAGCAAGAGGACGAGGUUCCGAUCGUUCUCAAUGGUAUUCCACAAGAUAGCAGCUCCGGAAAAUUAGUUGAAGAGUCUAGCACCGCCUCUACUCCAGAUGAAGAUCACUACCUACAAAUUGAUACGCAACGGAUGGAGGAUCUCGUGAAUCAAUUAGAGAAUUGGUCAAACGGAUAUACGGUCGAACAGCUAGAGGACUUCUAUGCAAUAGUCCUGAAUAUAGUGUGGGAAGACCGUUUCUCCUGGGAUCGAAACUCCACCAUCGAUAAGAUUUUGGAUUAUUUGAGCAGCUAG